CGGUCCGCGGCGUUGCCCCAGCAACCGGACUAUGGGACGCGGAGGGGCCUCCAGGCUGCUAAAUCUAACCCUGGGGCUCUUCCUUCACCUGCCCUGCGGGUUUCCUCCAUCAUGUCGGUGCGGACUCUGCCGCUGCUCUUUUUGAACUUGGGCGGGGAGAUGCUCUAUGUCCUGGACCAGCGGCUGAGGGCUCAGAACAUUCCCGGAGACAAGGCCCGCAAAGAUGAAUGGACAGAGGUGGACAGAAAACGAGUUCUAAAUGACAUCAUCUCAACCAUGUUCAACAGAAAGUUUAUGGAGGAGCUGUUCAAACCCCAGGAGCUGUACUCUAAGAAGGCCCUGAGGACUGUGUAUGACCGCCUGGCUCAUGCCUCCAUUAUGCGACUGAACCAGGCCAGCAUGGAUAAGCUCUAUGACCUGAUGACCAUGGCUUUCAAAUAUCAAGUGCUGCUAUGUCCACGCCCCAAGGAUGUGCUGCUGGUCACUUUCAACCAUUUAGACUCCAUCAAGGGAUUCAUCCUGGACUCCCCCACCAUCCUGCAGCAAGUGGACGAGACCUUCCGGCAGCUGAUAGAAAUCUAUGGGAGUCUCUCUGCUGGGGAGUUCCAGCUGAUCCGGCAGACACUGCUCAUCUUCUUCCAAGACCUGCACAUCCGAGUAUCCACAUUUCUAAAGGACAAAGUUCAAAAUUCUAACGGUCGCUUUGUGUUGCCAGUGUCUGGGCCUGUUCCCUGGGGAACUGAAGUUCCCGGAGUCAUCAGAAUGUUCAAUGAGGAAGGGGAAGAAGUAAAGAAGACAGAAUUCAAGCAUGGUGGAAGCUAUGUGGCUGCGCACAAGGAGGGCUCCUUUGAGCUUUACGGAGACCGAGUCUUGAAGCUGGGAACUAACAUGUACAGUGUGAAUCGACCUGUGGAAACCCAUAUGUCUGCAACAGCGAAGAACUUAGCCUUAAGGUCACAGGAAAACAUUGCUCCAAACCCUCUUGCCAAAGAAGAGCUGAAUUUCUUGGCCAGGCUAAUGGGAGGGAUGGAGAUCAAGAAAACGAGUGGCCCUGAACCAGGAUUCCGGUUGAAUCUGUUUAUGACCGAUGAAGAGGAGGAACAUGCGGCACUGUCCAGGCCGGAGGAGUUAUCCUAUGAUGUCAUCAACAUACAGGCUACACAGGUACGUAUCCUCAUCAUCAUCUUGUAAAAAAAAUUGCUCUCCAAGGAUGAAGAUGGCUCAGUGGUUAAGAGCCCUGGCUGCUUU